AUGGCAUUCGAAUGGCUCUUAAAUAACAAGCCAAACCCCAUAUCGACCUUAUUGAAUAUUCAAAAAAGUCAGCAGACUUAUCUGAAAACCAUUUUAAAUUCCACUCAAUUCGGAAAAACUUUUUUAUUUGUGAAUGGUGUUCAUCAGAAACGUUUGCUUCAUGAUGAUAGUUUCCAGGUUUUCGUUCAACUGUUACAGAUGAUUCUUCUCGGCAACGGAAGGAUUGAUUCAUUCUGUUAUCCGAAAAUAGAUUUAUGUACAGCAAACUUUGUUAAAUAUCAAGAACAGAAAAAAUAA